UCACUAUGGCCCAACCAGAAGUACUGAAUCUCAAUAACGAGGUGGUGAAGAUGAGGAAAGAAGUGAAGAGAACUCGAGUUUUGGUUAUUCGCAGGCUUACCAGGCAUAUCACCAAACUGAAGUCAAAAAAGGGUACUGAAGAUACAUUAGUGAAAAAUCAAAGAAGAACACAACGAUUACUUGAAGAAAUUCAUGCCAUGAAGGAUGUAAAGCCUGAUGAAGUAACUAAAUCUGCACUUGAUGAUGAUAUCAACUUUGAAAAAAUCUGCAAAAAGCCAGAUUCUACAGCAACUGAAAGAGCAAUUGCUAGAUUAGCUACACAUCCAUUAUUGAAGAAGAAAAUAGAUGCACUAAAAGCUGCUGUCAGAGCAUUUAAAGAUGCAAGACGGAAUAUUACUGAAGUUGAAUCAUUGAAAGAUUCUUCAGAAGAAAAUUACAGUGAGGAGAUGGGGAUAAAGCAAAGCUCUCAUAACAAUUUGAAUAAAUUCAAACACCAAGAAAGUACAAUUAAAAAGGGGAAAAAUGUUAAAAUAUUAUCAAAGAAGCCAAGCAUACUUGAAAAAGAAAUGGGUAAGCUAGAACAUGAACAAAAAAUAGGGAGCCCUUCACAUAUGGCAUUAAAACCUUCUCAAAAGCCUUCCCAGAUUGAUUGUGAAACCCAAAAUACACUUGCAGAACCAGAAAAGAAAAAUCUCCCCAACACUAACAAAAUAAAUAGAUCAAAAAUUUCUACUGUCAUCACUAAUAAUGACAGUGAUAUGGAAGAAAAGAGUGAAGGAGAAAAGGAAUAUUUUGAUGAUAGCACAGAAGAAAGGUUUUAUAAACAGUCUUCACUGUCUGAAGAUAGCAAUAGUGAUGAUGAUUUCUUUAUUGGUAAAAUUAAGCGGACCAGAAAGAAGGAAAACAGUUGCUCUUCAUUUAAGGACCAAAAGACCAAAAAGACUCCCCCAAAAGCAUUUCCUGAAAAAGAAAAGCUUGAGACUCUUAAGCUUGUGGAGAAAAUGAGACCAACUACAAAAGCCAGGAGACUAGAAUCUACAUUUUUUUCUUCUUUAUCUGAAUCCAGAAGGACAAGAAGAAAUGCCAGAGAACAUCUUCCAAAAAACAGAAUUUCAGCAUAUCAACAAAAUGAAACUCAGAUCAAGAAUCACCUUGACAGGAGUGUGUGUACAAAACCUGAAAAGAAGAAGUCACAGUUGCAACAGCCCCUUCAUCCUUCUUGGGAAGCAAGCCGGAAACGAAAAGAACAAAUAUCUAAAAUCACAGUAUUUCAAGGGAAAAAAAUUACAUUUGAUGAUGACUAGUACUUUCUUAUGUGUGAAUUUUUGCAUUAGUUAAGCUUUCCCCUAUUUUUUUGUCUUAUCUGUUUGAGAUAAUAAUUUUUACUUUUUAUUUUUGAAUAUUUUUCUUCUGGAUACUUUAAGGAGGCAAGGAUUUUUAAAUAUUUAUUUUGUUUUAAUACCAAUAGUUCUGUAAUUAAGUUUGUGUAUAUAUGGUGCACAUCUGCUAACUAAAUUACAUUAAAAAAUAAAAAUU